AUGCCACACCACACCGUGCGAGGCCCCAGGAGCUCCGCAGACAACUCUCGCAAGGUGGAGCCUCCUGAAGGCUGUAGCGCCUCGCCGCUCAGCGACGACAACCUGUUUGUCUGGGGCGCAACAAUACUAGGACCAGUGGAGACGCCCUGGGAGGGCGGCAUCUUCCAGCUGCGCAUCACGUUUAGCGAGCAGUAUCCCGACAAGCCGCCGCGGGUGCGGUUCACAAGCGAGGUCUUCCAUCCCAACGUAUAUUCAGAUGGCACUCUGUGCUUGGACAUCAUCCAGGACCACUGGAGCCCCUGCCACAACAUCUGCUCCAUCCUCACCUCCAUCCAGUCGCUGCUCACAGACCCCAACUGCGCCAGCCCAGCCAACCCGGAGGCAGCACAGCUGUACACAACCAAUCGCAAGGACUACAACCGGCGCAUACGCAGGAUAGCACAGAAAAGCGUGGACAUGUGA